AUGUUACCACUUUCUCUGAGACUGUUCUCUUUGAAUAAAAAGUGGUACCGAUUGCUGUUAUUCUUUUCUGCUGUGGGCAUUUUUUGCUUUAUUCGACGCUUUUCACUCACCGAUUCGUCAUCUCGAGGAUUCAGGCCUGUCCCGCAUUACCUUCGAACCCAUGUUCCCCAACGAAUCAACGAAAGUCAGUCCCACACAAGAAGUAUGCAUCCUUUAGCACUUAUCGUCCUCGGUUCCGAUGUCCAACAGUCGGAAGACGCCAAACGCAUCACAUAUAUCGUCAAAUCUCUUCGUCUUACCACUUACUCUGUCCGGCCGUUGGCGCUGUUUUCUCAAAUCCAUGAGCUUAUUCACACUCAGACCUUUCAACUUUUGGUCUUUGAAGAUUUUCUAGUUUAUUUUAGUCUCCCUGCUAGGGCAAAACGUGAGCUUGAUGAAUAUUGCAAAAAACACAAUGUCGGUGUUGUUGGAUUCUUUAAAAAUGUUGAGACGCUGAAAGAAAUUCCAGGCAGUGCGGAUUUCAUUGAGAUGGAUCCUAGUUAUCCGCUUCUGCUUCGUCGUUUUCCUGCCUCCUCUUCCCCCAAAGGGUUUUAUUUAUCACAUGAAAGUGAAGUCUUACGCGUGGCGCGUGCUGGUCAGAUGGAUUAUAGGCCCUUGUCGGACCAAGUACCACCUUGUCGAGAUUGGCAGCACACUUCACCAUGGUGUUUCGUACAAAGGCGCGAUCCUUACCCACAACUCCUUGCUGACGCAAGCUCCGUCGUUCAACAUUUUACUCAUCUUCUCCCUGGUUUUGAUUCGGUCAUAAGGAGAGGUGAAGAAACAGUACACGAACAUAAAAAACCAUGGAAGGGUUCGUGGGCCACUUUUGUACCACUCUCGCCCAUGGAUGCCAACUACUUUCAGACUGUUGCAUUUACUCAAACGCCUGUUAAACAAGGUAUCGAGCUGGAAUGGAGGAGCUGUGCUUUUAGGAAUGGUACAGGCCAACUUAGCAAAAAUGAGAACAGCGAAGUCUACCAGAGCCUAGUCAUUGAAGACAUUGGAAGAAUAGACGGCAUCAAGCGAAUUCUCUUUGCUUUCCCACCAUUGCAACAUUGGUCCACAUCCCUUCUACUAAGCGACGCAACCCACUACCUUCUCAAGCCUUCUGCCAUUCUAGAAUAUGAUCUCGGAUUAUUGCGAUAUAUUCAUGUUGAUAUUGACGACGUGUUUGUAGCGCGUCAAGGAUCGCGAAUGACUCCCACUGACGUAAAAGCUCUUCUUGAAACCCAGAAGCGUUGGAGACACAUAAUACCUGGUUUUACUUUCUACUUGGGAUUUUCAGGCCAGUGGUUUCUGCAUGGAAGUCCCGAGGAGCAGCGAGGAGACGAGGAUCUCAUUCGUUAUCGUCACCAUUUUAAGUGGUUCUGUCACACUUGGUCACACAGUAGUGCACAUUUAAUUUCGGAAGAGAAAAUGCUCGAACAACUUCGAUUAAACAAGGUCUUUGCUGAGCAAAAAGAUCUACCGAUUGCUGAGGGUUAUGCUGUUGCUCCACACCAUUCUGGGGUCUACCCAGUGACACCGCAUUUAUACCGUGCCUGGAAGGCGAUUUGGCGCAUCAACGUCACAACAACGGAGGGCUACCCUCAUUUUAAUCCUCCCCGCCUGCGGCGUGGAUUCAGUUACAUGGGUGUACAGGUGCUGCCACGUCAAGUUUGCAGUGUCUACACGGGUACAACCCGGUUCGACAAUUACCAAGGAGGCGUCAAGCGACUAGAUGGCAUGGCUUUUGGAGGCGAUCUAUUUGAUACUUUCCUUUUUAAUCCGGUUAGUUUAUUCAUGACGCAUUUCGGCAACUACGCACAAGACCGACUUGCGCCUUAUGUGUUUGAACGCGCCUUCACCUUCAUUCGUGGGUGGACCAAUCUGGAAGUCCGAUGGGCCCCUUUAGCCCGUCUGGUGAAAUACCACUUGGCCUUUAAUCCUCUUGAGAAUCCAGCCACUGAAACCUCCCUCCCGAUCCACGGAGACCCUUGCAGUGACCCCAGGCACAGGGCCAUAUGGCCUCCUGCGGCUUGUACCCCCGAAUCCCACCGACUUCCUUCGGCCAUUAUCGUUGGUCCACAGAAAACCGGCUCUACUGCGCUGCUUGCUUUUAUGGCAAUGCAUCCGAAUCUAGCUCCCAAUCGAUUCCUCACGAGACCACCAUUUGAAGAGAUACAGUUUUUCAGUAAUAGCACAAUUUACACCAAGGGUGUUGCCUUCUAUGCUGAGCAAUUUAACCUUGGGUCUGGAAAUCAAGGAGAUCGAAUUCACUUUGAAAAGUCAGCUACCUACUAUGACUCUUUGCUUGCUCCCAAACGGAUGGCAGCCUUAUUACCAGGGGCGAAAAUUAUCGUCAUUUUGCGUGAACCAGUUCGAAGGGCGUACUCGUGGUACCAGCACCAACGAGCACACAACGUCUCUGCAGCGUUGCUAUUCACCUUCAACGAGGUUCUUCAAGCUUUCAGCAUUGAAUUGGCCUCUCAGAUGGUAGCUCGGAUCUCACACCCGGGAAAUAUCACUCGACUUGCCAUGGAGCUCCACCGGUUGCAUUUGAAGUGCGUUAUUCCUAGCGUCUACGUUGAUCGAUUAAAGAACUGGCUUCACUACUAUCAUGCAAGACAGAUUGCUCUAGUAGAGGCAGAACGAUUAGAAUCCACACCUUCUGAAGUUAUGCGCGACCUGCAGGAAUUUUUGGACGUUCCAACGUACCUGGAUUACUCUAAGCUAUUAGUACAAAACCCCACGAAAGGCUACUUUUGUGCAACUGGUGGGCCCUAUCCGAAAGCCGGACAGCUGCUCAAACCAGAUGUGGGCGUUCUUGGGCAGUGGUGUCUGUCGGCACAAAAAGGACGUCCAUACGACCUCAGCGUUUUAGAUUCAGUCGACUCCUCGCUAUUCAAGCAGCAUAAUCAAGCUCUCGCGACUUUAAUUCUGCAGCAACCGUUUUGGAGGCCCAGGCAUUCCAAAUCGGCGACGGAUCUCAUACCAAGAUGGAUCAACAUUUUGUCAUACGAUUAA